AUUCUGCAAGUCUGGCAUAUCAGCGUGUACAGAAGGUGGACUGUACCUCUCCUAGGCCUGUCCUUAUUCUAGGACCUUUACUUGAUGCUGUGAAAGACAUGUUGGUCAAAGAAUCCCCUGGAAAAUUUUGCAGAUGUCCUCUUGAGGUUAUGAAAGCUUCCCAACAAGCAAUUGAACGGGGUGUGAAGGAUUGUCUGUUUAUUGAUUAUAAACGAAGGAGUGGACAUUUUGAUGUGACAACCGUAGCUUCAAUAAAAGAGAUAACAGAAAAGGAUUGUCAUUGUCUGCUUGACAUCGCUCCUCAUGCCAUCGAACGGCUCCACAGUGUUCAUAUCUACCCUAUUGUAAUUUUUAUUCGCUACAAAAAUGCUAAACAAAUCAAAGAGCAAAAAGACCCAAUCUUCCUGAGGGACAAAGUUACACAAAAACAUUCCAAAGAACAGUUUGAGACAGCUCAAAAAAUAGAACAAGAGUAUAGCAAGUACUUUACAGGCAUUGUCCAGGGAGGAGCCCUUUCAAGCAUUUGCACUCAGAUUAUGACAACUGUCGAUCAAGAGCAAAACAAAGUCCUGUGGAUCCCAGCUGGCCCACUGUAGAUGUAUUUCGCUGCAAAACUACUUUGCAGAUGUAAAUAACCAACUAACUUUCUAUCCAAUGGACUCUGUCCUUUUCUGUCUUUAUAAAGAUAUCCGUAAGUGAUUUCCGUUUCAUGAAGGGGAAUGAUAACACGUAACACGCAAGGACACAACAAGGCAUGUGGAAAGGGGUAGAUCACUUCACUAAGCUUGUCUCUUAUAUCACACGUGUACACUUGACAGGUUGUCACGAGGGGUUGCGACCUGCCUGUAUUUGUCCAUGAGUAAUGAAUUUAACAAUGCUGCAAAACCCUGUAGAAUGACAAGUUUACAAAAACCUUUUCGAAGUAUUUGGUUGUUGCUGUUUACUUGAAUGUCUUCUGUUUUGUUUUUUGUUUUCUUUUUUUUUAACUCUGUGUCCGUUCACUUAAUGAGGUAACUCUCAAAAAACAGAGUGAAUUGUCUGAAUAUGAGCGAAUGGUGUAUGCGCAAUGUGACUCUUAGUACAAUUUUGACUGUUUCUAAGAACAUUGUUGACUUGACAACCAGGUAAUAACGUGGGAUUGAAUCGGUACGUCUUGGGAGUAAGUUCAGAAAGAAGUACACUCCUCUUACAGGGCAGACCACUGUUUGUAUCCUGUCAACACUUGUCUGUCAAAGACACCGUUUUUUGUUUUAUGCAUGAAUCUAAUAUUUAAAUGUCAUAAUAUAUCUGAACAAUCCAAGCUUAAUGUGUGUUGAGAAAUA